AGGAAACUUGUUUACCUCCCAAGGCCUCAAACCAGGAAGUACAGGGCCAGGAGGACCCCUGGAUGGGCCAGGACUGGAGGUCUAGGGUCACAGGCCUCCCCAGCCCUCAGGAUGACCCACAGAGCAAUGAGAAUGAUGAUAGUGGUGAAGGCAGGGCUCUCUACUGCUAACCUGUGUUGGGGUUUGCCAGGGCUUUCCUUCUGCCUUGAUUCCAGUCUCCAUCCCCCUUUUGGCAACAGCCCCCUAUGUUACAGGGGAGGAAGGUGCAGGGGGACCAUCCAGAAUGGGGCUGUCUUGAGCCCGUGGGCAGGUGCCCUGAGGCUUGCCAUCCCAGAGGACAGCAGAGCACUAGGCAGCCCGUCUUGCCCCUGGGCCGUCCUCCUGGAUGGUUCACACCCCAGCAGGCAAAGUGGAUGGGGACAAGUUUUGGCGGAUGCCUGAGUGCUACAUCCGUGGCAGCACGAUCAAGUACCUGCGCAUACCUGAUGAGAUCAUCGACAUGGUCAAGGAGGAGGUGGUGGCCAAGGGCCGUGGCCGCGGUGGCCUGCAGCAGCAGAAGCAGCAGAAGGGUCGAGGCAUGGGGGGUGCUGGGCGAGGUGUGUUUGGUGGCCGGGGCCGAGGUGGGAUCCCAGGCACAGGCAGAGGUCAGCCGGAAAAGAAGCCGGGCAGACAGGCGGGCAAACAGUGAGCCGCCCCUCGUCCCCCCCGAGACUGAGCUGCCCCUGAGCAUCUGUUGCCGCUCCCUGACGCCGCGGUCCUGCUCUCCGAUUCGGGAGCGUGUUCAGAGCAAAAAGAAGAGGCAGGUGUUGGGGAAGAGCCCCCGUCCCUCCCCGUCUGUCAUUUUGUGAUCCUUUUUUCGUAAGUCCCCCCUCCCCGACCCCUUUAUUGUUUAAAGCCAGCAGCUCUACAGUUGGAUAUGCUAUUUGGUGUUUUUGGUUUUGUGAUGCCGCAGCUGACUUGAUUCCUGGAAGAUUCUGUGUUUAAUAUGUCUUUAGAGCCCUCGCUCUUGUUUUGAGGGCGGGCGCUUUCCAAACAGGCUUAUUUUGCAUUUUGAGUUGGAUCCUCCUGUGGUGAACAGACCGGAGGUUUUUAUUUUAAGCUGUUUGCACUGAGAUUGACAGCCUUGGGAGUUUCCUGAAACACGGACCUCAGAACUGCCUUUUGAAAACAAAUACGUAGGAACGUAUGCCGCCACAGAAGCUGUUCCUGGGACGUUGCUGCGCCCUGCCCCUUUGCCUCCUCUCUCCCUGUUUGUGUUACAAAAAUAAAAACAAAUACAACUACCAA